AUGGCAGCUGCCCUGACAUGGGGCAUGUCAUUCAACCAGAGACCAAAGAGAAAAUAUAGGCAGGAAAAGAAGGGAAGAAAGGGCACGGGCAUCGACUUUGUCCGUCCGUCCAUCCAUCCACACACGACUUAUCCAUCCAUGAUCUGGGGCUCAUUCUCGUUGGCGGUACCUACCAAGUUCAACCUUUCUCGCUCGGUCGCUCGCUUUGUCUCCCGUCCAUCGUCCGUUGAAUCUACUCCAUUGGGUGUUGGCACUACCUUGUCUGGUCGGCAUUUCCGCCUCCCUCGUUGCUGCUCGUGCCUCUUCCGUCGUUUAUCUCCUGGGCCCGUUGCUGCAAGCCUCAUCCCGGCCGCUCUCCUCCAUCCCGGCUUUCUGUUUGACAGGCCUGCAAACGCCAUCGUCAUAUCAGAUCCCCAGGACUCUGCCUUUCUACUUUCUACUUUCUACCUUGCAUUGGCUUGCCUUGCAACUGCAACGACAACUGCAACUGGCACAGACACCGAAAAGGACAUUGACAUCUCUCCUCAUACUCUCCCCUUUCCACAAAGUAUAAAGACCUCUAGACCUCCUCCCGUUAUCUCUUGA